AUGGAUUCAAAUGCCUCAACUUUAGUUCUUCGUCCUCAAUUAAGCAUAAAAAAUGAUGUAGAAAAGGGUUCGCCGGUUCUUGUUUUCGACACAUCUCUACUGCAACAACAAGCAAAUUUGCCCACACAAUUCCUAUGGCCCCAUGAAGAUUUAACUUGUAUUACACAAGAUGAACUCGAAGAUCCACCAGUAGACUUAAAUGGCUUCUUCAAUGGCGAUGAAGAAGCCAUUUCUUUGGCAGCUUUGCAGAUUCGGGCUGCCUGUUCGACCCACGGUUUCUUCCAGGUUAUCAACCAUGGUGUAGAUUCAACUGUAAUUCGUGCUGCGCAUCAGCAUAUGAAUACCUUUUUUGAUCUUCCGAUGAGCAGAAAAUUUACUGUAAAGAGGAAUCCAGGUAGUGUAUGGGGUUAUUCAGCUGCCCAUGCUGACAGAUAUUCAUCAAAACUGCCAUGGAAGGAGACAUUUUCAUUUGGAUAUAGCCAUGACAAUUCCCUGGAACCAGAUGUGAUUAACUAUUUCAAGUCUGCUCUGGGGGAAGAUUUUGAAGAGGCAGGGUGGGUUUAUCAGAAAUAUUGUGAAGCAAUGAGAAAUUUAUCACUAGUAAUAUUGGAACUAUUGGAAAUUAGCUUGGGAGUUGAUAAAUCACACUAUAGGAAAUUAUUUGAAGAAGGUAACUCAUUAAUGAGGUGCAAUAGCUAUCCACCUUGCAAAGAAGCUGGACUCACCCUUGGAACUGGUCCCCAUUGUGAUCCAAAUUCCUUAACAAUACUUCAUCAAGAUCAAGUUGGAGGACUUGAAAUCUUUGCAAAUAACAAGUGGCUAGCAAUUCGACCUCGCCCAGAUGCCUUUGUCGUUAACAUUGGCGAUACGUUCAUGGCAUUGUGCAAUGGAAGAUACAAGAGUUGCCUGCACAGGGCAGUGGUGAACAAGGAGAAGGUGAGAAGAUCUUUAGUGUAUUUUGUGAGCCCAAAAGAGGACAAAAUUUUGAGGCCCCCUCAAGAUCUAUUGCGCAAUGACGAGGCUAGGAAGUACCCAGAUUUCAAAUGGUCAGAUCUGUUGGAAUUCACUCAAAAGCAUUAUAGGGCUGACGCCACUACACUACAAAACUUUGCCCACUGGCUUCUAUCCUCCAAAAAUACUUCCAAUUAA